AGAAUCAGCUGAGUUUGUCACAUGACCUUCGUUAACAUGCAACUAGCCUGCUAGCAUAACAGCUCAGAGGAAAGCAGGAGCUAGGAGUGAAUAUAAACCCCAGUUUUGUGGGAAACAGCACAAAGAAUGAGUGAAGAAAGCUCAAGCAUCCCCCUCGGCUGUAUGGCAGUAAAAGUGCCUCUCCAGUUGUGACCACUGAGCAGAGAAGUGUCACAGUUGGAAGUGAAGAUGCAUCCCUUCGGCUGUGAGUCAGAGACCUCCCUUCAGGAACUGUUUGAGUACUUUAAGAGGUGCCUGCAGCAUGGAGAGUGGGAGCUGGCAAGCGCCUGUGUGCCACAGCUGGUUGAUUCAACGGGAGGACUUUCAGAAAAGCUGCAAGAUAUAAUCAAAGCUAUCGUCUGCCAUCCGUACAGUUUAAAAUGGGAGUCUGUGGGCAGUCCACACAAACUGGCUUGGUUUUGGCUUCAGGUUUUAGAGAAAUGGAGCAAAGAGCAGGUUUCUCCUCACAUCAGAAGAGAGCUGGAGUUCCUGCUGCUCCUGGAGGAGCUGGGGUCAGAGGGCAUACCAGAGACUGUUCUCAAGGAGUUGCAUCAGGCCUUUUUGGAAGCACAGUCUGAACUAAAGGCUCCAGAUGGUUCAAGAACAACAGAAGCUGCUGUCGAGUCUUGCCUACGAACCUUAUUGGAGAAAAAGAAGCCCAGGCUGGCCCAGUCUUUAUCACAUUUCUUGCAGGACACGUCAUGCACAGAGGACCAAACUCUGCAGCACACGUUCAUCCAACACCUGAUGAAGAAACUGGGAAAACCGGAGAGAAGUCUGGAGAAGGUGGAGGAGUGGGUGGAGGAGAUAUACACCGUGCUGUCUGUGAUGCCGUGGAGCUCUCGUAAAGGCGACGGGCAGCUGGAGGCGCUGUGCGAGGCGCUGUGGGCAGCCAGAGACGGGCCCCUGAAGGAGGAGAGGAUCCUCAGCUCGUUGCUUCGCCCUCGGUGCGACGCUCUCGUCUCUGCGUACUGUUCCACCGCUUUGAGGCUUCAGAGGGAUCAUCUACUGAGGAACGCGCCUGAAACACAAGCGGACCUUCCUGAAGCCGAGAAGCUGGCCCUCAGUUUAUGUUUCCAUAUCGAUCGUCCAUCCAUUUGGAAGACCAUAUAUUUCGAGUGCCUUAGUCGUGGAAAGCACUUCCUGGAGCAGGUCCUGGUCACUGCGCUGGACCUGAUUAAACAUGAGGAGUUCUCUCAGCUCAGAGACUUACUGAAGUUGGAGUUUCAGCCUUUGUCCCGUCUGCUGUUGCUCCUGGGAUGGACUCAGUGUCGCAGUCUGAGCUCGGCUCAAACGCUGCUCAGCAUCCUUCACCGAGAGCAAGCACCAGCCAAUGACUCUGUUCUGCAGGAGUUUGCCAGUCUUUUGUCCUCUCAGCUUAGAAUACUUGAAUGGUGUAAAAACAACAAUCUAGGGAUUUCUAUGGAGGCAUUGCUGGCACAGCUUCACACUCUGGACAAUCACUCUGCUCUCUAUAUUCUGCAUUCCCUGACUCCUCUGGCUCAGUUUGAAGAGCGCAAGAUACUAGAUCUGCUGCAGCAGCUGCCAAACUCCCCAGGACCAGAAGACACAGUUGGUUCUCUCAGCCCUGGUGUGCAGAGGAACAUCGUUUUGUUCCAGGGCUUCUGUGCCAUGAAGUACGCCGUCUACGCUCUCUGUGUAAACGCACAUAAAUACUCAAAUUGCACCGAGUGUGAGUCCACGCAGCAGCCGCAACAUCACCAGCCCACCGAAACAGAAACUGACAGAAAACAAACCUCAACUUCCUCACAAGGUUGCCAUUUGUUGUUCCAGCACUACCUGUCAGAGUGUCAGCUCUAUCUGGAGGCCGUACCUGCCAUGUUCCGCCUGGAGCUCCUAGAGAACAUCUUCUCCCUUCUUUUUCUGUCCACGGCGGACUUUUCCCAGCAGAUCCAGAAAGACACAAACUCAAGUCUGAACACAGGCAAUAGCGCUCAGUCAGAAUGUUCAUCUGACACAAAAAACACAAAUGUAGGCCUGGGAAACAAAGCAAAGACAGAUGAGACUGAAUACAGCAAGACAGAGACUCAAACGCAGCGUUCAAGUUCACCACCAGCAGCCCACAGUACUCACCCGGACCUGGGGCACCUCAUCCAGGGCUGCAGGGGGUUUCUGGUUGAUGUGGCGGCCAUGGAGGGUUUUAUGAAGCUGCUGAAAGAAGGGUUGGAGGGCAUGUGUGUGGUGGGCCAGCAGGAGGGACAAGAGGCAGGGAGAGCGCUGCUUAGAGAGGCUGAAGCAGUUGAGAGCCUCGGCUGCUCGGUGACGGCUGACACAUUCGGGACGCGCCUGCAGAGGUUGUCCAAACGCACUGCAGAGGCUCAGUGGAGGCUGCAGAUCAUCAGCAGCAAUCAGGGCAGUGGAAACGGUACAGAGAGUCCUCUCCAGAUGUCAGCGGUCACCUCUCCCGUCACUUCUCUGGGACGCAGCAAGAGCUCGAGCAUGAGGAGAAGGAAGAGACCAGGGAGACAAACCUCCGUGGACAAACACAAUGGAGAAGUUAGCACGAGUGCAUCAGAUGGUGGAGGAGGGACAGUGGGAGGUUGUGUGGAACUGGAGGUCUGUCCAUGCGGAGGUUCUCACAGCUGGCUGGUCCCCGCCAUGUUGUCUCCUCCUGAGUCUCUGCUCAUGUCCUGCAUCCGCCGAGGGAACUUUAUGGAGGCACAUCAGGUGUCUCUGGUAUUUGAUCUGGAGGCAUCUGCCUGUUGUGGUGAGCUGGUGUUCAUGGAGCACUACAAAGAAGUCCUGGUAGAGUUGGGACGGGUGGAGCAAAAGAUGGAGAGCCAGUCGAUGUCUUCGUCCUCAUCCUCUUCAGAGGGUUUGGGGACAGCAGCUGCGACAGGCACCGGGAGGAGUCGGCUGGGCAGCAGUGGCAGAAUGACCCUGCAGGCCAUCGGAAGUGCUGCUGCUGCAGGUGUGGCUUUCUACUCCAUCUCAGACAUUGCAGAUCGGCUCCUCAGCACCCCUGCUCACCCGAUGCCCACACUGGAAGAAGGCUACUGGCUGAGCCGCUGCUCUUCAGACCCCUCUGGUCUCCUUUACACACUCUUGGAGGAGCUCAGCCCAGCAGCCAUGGCUGCCUUUGACCUGGCCUGCUGCCACUGUCAGCUCUGGAAGACAUCCCGACAGCUACUGGACACGGCGGAGCGAAGGCUCAACAGCAGCCUGGAGGCUCGAGGAGUAAGAGUAGACCUUAAAGUUCCCCAUUCUGAGGGCAUCUGUGGAUUACCAAUGGUGUUACAACAGAUAAACAAGAUCCUGAAUCAUUCUGCCACAAAUAAGGGAUCUGUCAAAACUGAAGCCGUUGGGGACGACCCGGUGUAUUCCAGCCCAUUUGGUUGCUGCAUCCAGGAAGUGCUGCUGUGUUGCCACCCAUCGCUGAGAGAAGAGAGGAUCGCUGCUUCGCUCAGUCGGGCUCAACGUCUGGAGACAACCCUGCACAUCCUGAGCACUGCUACGGACGGCACAGAUGGCAGUGUGGGCAGUGCUCUUCUGGCAGAAUUGGUUGAACAGGCCAAUCUGAAGCAGUCGGAGCUGGAUGUUCAUCCCGUGCGGUCCAGCAUGAAGCAGCUGCUUCGCUCUCUGGACGAGCUUUGCCCUUUCGAGCCAGACGGAGAUCUUGCCAGACCAGAUUAUGUGCGCAGUUUCCUUGACUACAUCAACACACUGGCAUCUGUGUUAGUGCGCAGCCUUGGUUCAGAAGACCAGAAUAAUGAAGUCAAGCUCGGGAAUCCACUGCUGGUUUUGCUUCAAGCCCCAUUUCAGCUUCUUUCCCACCUGCUGUUUGACAGACAGGUGUCCCCUGACAGAGUGCUCUCCUUGCUGCAGCAGGAAGGUCUGCGACUGAGUGUUCAGCAGGUGAUCGUCCAGCGAUGCUGUGACACUCUGCCCAUUUGGAUCACCUGUCCAGCUGAGGAAAGAGACUCCAGCCAGGCCAAGAAAGAUGACGGAGUAUUCGGUGUCACCAGCUUGUCUGUCCUACUCCAACAGCAUGCUCAGGAGCACCUGUCAACUCUGGGCCUCACAGAGCCCCAGUCUGAUGUGAGCUCUGAGUCUGAGGCCUCAGUGGAAGACACAUCAGCGACACCCAGCACCCUCUCCACCUCACCCACGUCAUCAUCAUCUCAUUCAUCCUCUACAUCGACCUCUUUCCUCCUCACACCAUCGGCCUUGUCCUUCCUAAAGUCUCGCUCACCUUUGCUGGCCACAAUGGCAUGUUUAAGCGCAUGCAAGGGAGAAAACACCCGGACACAACCGUCUGGAUGGUCUGGCUAUUUCCGUAGCGGCCGUAAAGAAGUCGUCUUAGAUGGAGAGCAAAUUUCUCGUGAAGCAGACAACCUCCUGAAGGAAUUCCCCAUUCUCCGGGCUUACCUGCAGACCAUGGCUGAACCAGUGCUGGGCACGCUACUGAAUGAUAGUGAGGAAGGUUCUGCUGGACUGGGGGCUGUUGUCUGUGGGAAACCCUUGGUCAGCCUCCUGCUGUCUGGGCCUCAAGAAGAAGUUGCCCAGGCUGUGGCUGCUGAGGCCUUCCAGAAGGCCCUUUCCUCCAGGAACCUCAGCCGAGCCCUCAGUCUGCUGGAGCUGUAUGGGCAGGGCUGCAGCCAGGAGGGGGCGCUGAGAGACCGUCUGCUUGCCUGUGCUGCACUGGAAGAUGGAUUUGAAGCCAUAGGUGAGCUGUUCCGCGUACAGGAUGCUAACCUGCGAGCCCGUGUUGCUCUCCAGGCUCUGGAGCGCUGGCCUCUGUCAGCGUGCCUGGAGCUGCUCGAGUUCUGCCUCAAUGACCCGAGCACUGAGACAUCGCUGAAAACAGACUUGGAGCUCAAGAAGAAAGAACUGGACAUCUAUCACUGGAUGUUGAAUUUGCAUCCUCCGCUGCCCUGGGCUACUUGGCAGGAGUUACGGACUGAGUCUAAAACAAACUCCGAGUCCAUGAUAUCAAUGAUGCUGGAAGCCAAAGAGUUUGCUCUUUGUACACAGUGGGUUGAGCUCUAUCCCGUGUCUGACCAGCUGAGACUGCAGCUGAAGACUGAACAUCUGCUUCACCUGCUGGAGAAGGGACAGACAGACGAGGCUUUCCAGUUACUCGAGGGCCUCUCAGAUUUCGUGGUUGGCCUGGACGUUUGUGAGCGGGCUCUGGACUGUCGCCCUGGGUUGGCUGCUUGUCAUUUCCUGGCUGACUACCUCACCCUGCAUUUCCAGAGACAGGUGUCUCCGGCACGUCGACGACACAUCCACGCCCUCCAUCUGGGCUCGAAGGUGUUGCUCACUCUGCCUCCUGCUGCCAGGCAGGACUAUUUCCCCCUGCUGUCAGAGCCCCUGCUGAUGCUCGAGCAACUGUUGAUGAACCUGAAGGUGGACUGGGCAGAUGUGGCGGUGCGAACCCUGCGCAGCCUCCUAAUCGGUCAGGAGGCUGGCUUCGGUCCCGAGGACAUCGAUAAGCUCCUGGCAGACUACGCCUGCAAGGCCCUUGACUUCUCCUGCGCUCCCAGAGAGAGGUCUCGAUCUGACUCUGUAAUCAGCCUCCAGGAUGGGCUGAUGCAGUGUCCUGCUCAAGACAGCUGCUCCCAAUCGUCCAGAAUCGAAUCUCCGGCAUCCUCCACAGGCAGCACCCCCACACACACACCUGCCUCAAACAGCACAGACCGGGAGAAAGAUCGAACUUCAGCGGGGAGAAAACGUCGCUCUUCUACCAAAUUUCAGCCUCCAGACCAACCCCCGGCCCGCAAAGACUGGGUCCCUGACACCAAACAGCUCGUGUGCAUGGUCUGCCAGCGUGAGAGGUUCACUAUGUUCAACAGACGACAUCACUGUCGGAGAUGUGGCCGUCUGGUUUGUCACGCGUGUUCAGAGCACAAGAUGCCUGUAGAGGGCUGCCCAGGAGACGAAGUCAGAGUCUGUGACCAGUGUUACGCCUACUUUCACCCAGAUUCUGACGAUGAGCUGGAACCAGCUGAGGUGGCUGGAAGCCCGGUGAUCAAAGAAGACGCUCUAGAUGGGAUGCUGCAUCUGCCUGAAGUGGUCCAACAACAGAUCCAUCUCAGCACAAACCCUGCAGAGAACCAGCUGCUGAGGAGCGAGUUCUACUACGAACAGGCUCCCAGUGCGUAUCUCUGCGUGGCGGUCUUGUCUCUGCACAGUGACCAGACCGCCUGUGGCCACCAGCUCAUCAGCCACUGCCGCUCUCUGUCACGUAAACUGACCAAUCCAGAGGUGGACGCCUGCCUCCUCACUGAUAUCAUGCGGCAGCUGCUGUUCAGUGCCAAGCUGAUGUUCGUUAAGGUGGGCCGCAGUCAGGAUCUCGCAUUAUGUGACAGUUACAUCAGCAAAGUAGACGUGCUAAAAAUCCUUGUGUCGGCCAACUACAAAUAUGUCCCCUCUCUGGAUGACAUUUUGGAGACUUCAGCUGUUGCACGUCUACGUAACCAGCUGUUGGAAGCAGAACACUACCAGCUGGCAGUGGAGGUGUCCACCAAGAGUGGUCUGGACCCUGGCGGCGUGUGGCAGGCGUGGGGGAUGGCAUCUCUCAAGGCAGGGAACCUUUCAGUAGCGAGGGAGAAGUUUACCCGCUGCCUGAAGGCUCCAGUGGACCGAAACCAGCUCAACCUGGGUCCCUUACUGCUGCAGGAGGUCAUCCAGCACCUGGAGACCGACGUACAUCCCACUCUGGCCACGUCUUGUGGGGAAGACAUCUUGGCGUCCUUACGUGAGCUGGAGGACGCCCUGAACGAGGCCGGUCCCGUGGAUCGACCAGAGGGUCAGACUCCAAACAGCAGCUUCCACCAGGAGUGUCUUUACUACCUGAACACAUAUGGCACUCACCUGGCUCUGAUCAGUUUCUAUAUGCGACACGACUGCAUGACAGAGGCCCUGACAUACCUGCUUAACAAGGAGUGCCCAGAUGAGGUGUUUCUCGAGGGUGUGUUGCAGCCCAGUCUCGAGCGGGGGCGUCUUGGCUCGCUGCAGGGGAUAAUGGAAAAACUUGACCCUGGCCUGGAAUCAUGCAGCCGCUACCUCAUCGCCUCCUGCCAGUUCCUGCAGCGGCGAGGAUACUUCCACACUCUGUACCAGAUCCAGCAGUUCAUGAUGGAUCAUGUGCGCGCUGCUAUGACCUGUAUCCGAUUCUUCACACAUGGUGCCAGUUCGUAUCUACAGCUGGGAGAACAGCAGCGCUGGUUGGUCAGAGCCAAAGAGCACCUGAGGACGUACCUGCAGGAGCAGCAGGGUCGGGGUGGUGGGAGGAGAAAGUCUCAGGUCAACUCAUUCAGGAAGAUGAUGUCAUCCAGUGAUGUGUCCAGGCACAUGAACACAAUUGAGCUUCAGCUGGAGGUGACCCGUUUCCUCCACCGCUGUGAGACUGCAGCCUCCUCCAAGGCUCCUCAGACCAGCACACCUUCCCUCAAGUCCUCUGGAUCCAGCUCACCACCUACACUGUUUGGAGGAAGCCCCAUGAAAGUUGAGGUUGCCUGCAAGGUGAUGCUCGGAGGAAAAAACAUAGAAGAAGGUUUUGGCAUUGCAUAUAGAGUCAUACAGGACUUCCAGCUGGAGGCCCAGGCGGUCUACGUGCGGGCAGGCCAGCGGCUUGUCCGUCAGAGGCAGUAUGGAGCCGUACGGCAGCUGCUUAAAUGUGUCGGUGAAUCGGGCACCGCCACAAAAAACGACUGCGACGCCCUCAUCCUGAGCUGCGUCUCCGUCGCAGAUAAGGGACCAGCUGAUGCCAAAGAUCUGGAAAGUCUGAUUUUGGAGACCAAGCACGCAGAGAGCAAGAUCAAAGCCUACCUGCUGUGCAGUAAACUGCGGCCGGCGUACCUGCAGGCGGUGAAGCUGGAGCCGAGCCGGGCCGGCCCGUUGGUCCAGGACGUCCUUCAGGCCGCUGAGGGAGCACAUGACUCGGUGAUGAAGAACAUCUGUCACCAGUGGCUGGCCGAACACCAAAACAAGUCAUCUCAGCAGGGCCAGGGCCGAACCAGCGCCAGGUAAAGGCACUGUCGGCCUAACAAGGGAUUUCAUUUACUUAAACUUAAAAAAAGUCGAGCCGUAAAUGAAGCGCAAAUAAGAGGAUCCAGGGUUUCUGGACCACUGUGUGGGGAGAUGAAUGAUUAGAUUAGCAGUUGUUGCACACAUUACAUGUCGUGCGCUCCUCAGCUGCAGAUUAGUUACAGAUAAGUUAUAUAACUUUCUAAUUCGGUAGAUGCUAGAAACCCUGAUGAUCACUUCCUCUUUGUGUUUGUGCAGCCUUUUCUUUACACUAAUGAAUCACCACCGUGCUUUAUUAUCCAUAACCUGAAACAAAUAGCUGUUAUCUCCCAUCUGUAGCUGAGAGGGAACAAUGUCACCGAAGUGACAACUAUUACAUAAGAAAAAUUGCAAACAGAUUCUCACACAAAAUGUGCGUAUCUGUUACUCAGUAUUUGACUGAGAUUAAUAUCCUACCUCAGCCAAAAGGGAAAACAUCUUUAACUGACUGACGUGUUGCUUCAAAGUCCUCUUUCCUCAUUUUAUUUAGACGUAAUGAAUUGUUCUACGUGAAGACAGUACAUGUUCAUUAAACUGAAUCUUGUUUCUGUAAUCCUGAUGAAGCCGUUUAACCUGUUUUACCUGAUGUUGUACAGCACAUUUUACCGCCAGCUUUCAGGGAAUGUUCCCUUUAAGUAAGGGAAAUUAAUAUAAAACAGAAUCUGAAGUAUUUAAGGGCAUUGAAGAAGUUGAGAAUUGUACAAGAAAUCUAAAAGUUUUAGGUUGGAUGCAGAAAGGGACCCACUGACAAAUCCUGUUACAGAUUAACUUAAAUUUAUUAUCUAGAAAAAAUAACUCUCUAAUCAUGAAUUUGGUCACUGGGUGGCCACUUUUUGUCUCACCUUGUAUAAUAAUCACUCAGACUGCUAAUUUUAAAUUAUGCUUUUCACUUUGUUCUCAUAGAAAACUUGACCCAAAUAUAAAUCUGUACUGAUUAAUUCACACAGAUAACCAUUCAAAUGUUUUUUUUUAAAAAAAAGGGACUUAUGCCAUAUAGUUUUCUUUUGAUAUGUAGUUCUCUUUUUGCUGAUUUUUGACACAACCCUUCGCCAAAACAAAAUAACAACAUAAUUGUAUUGUCACAUUAAACAUGAUUUUCGUUCACUCACCUGACAAUCACUCCUGUUGCUGAAGCUGCCUUUUCAAGGAUGUUACAAUGUGUAUUUCAGAUCAGCUCUGAUUACAAUGCUAAAAUCUUUAUUUAGAGAUACUGUGUUUAUCCUUCGUCGUGCUUACGUCUGCUGCACUAUUCUGAAUACCAGGACUGACGAAAAAAAAGUGUUGAUCUGCCGAUGAGAUGAGAAGAAGACUUUCGAGAUGCACACACACGACAUUCUUGCACUCUUAUAUCCUCCUUAACUUCGACUGUUGUCUCAUCACUGCCGCACUUUAUACUUUAAGUAAUUUUAACAAAAAAAUUACACUUCUUUUGGUGAGAAUUGUAAAAUAUGGACUAGUUAAUGCAUUGAUGACGCAGGGACUAAUGCUUUUCAACUGUGAUUUCUCCAUCCUGUGUAAAUUAAAAUGAAAAUGACAUAAUAAAAGAAGAUGUAAUAUACAAAAUA